AUGGCCCUCCGAAUCCCCUUCCUCGGACGCCUACACCUUCGCGAGUACUUCGCCCUGGUCCUGUCCAUCCUGCUCAUCGCCCUUGAAUCCGUCAUCGCCGUCAUUACCCUCGCCCUGCCCACGCCCAUCAUCAACGCCUGCUACCGCAUCACGCGCCGCCUCUUCAACCAGCUCUCCUCCCCCUCAUCGCGCCGUUCGCGUGACAGGAAGAAGGAUGUGUGGAGCGCUGUUGCCAAUGCCGGUGACUUCACCGAGUUGUGCGAGAUCUACGGCUACUACUGCGAAGAGCACAUUGUGCAGACCGGCGACGGGUACCUGCUCGGCCUGCACCGCCUAGGCUGGAGGCGCGGCGAGGAAGGCGAGCGCGUGAAUGCCGGACCGGGCAAGGAUGGGCUUAAGAAGAAAGUUGUGUAUCUGCACCACGGUCUGAUGAUGAACAGCGAGGUCUGGGUCUGUCUGACGGAGCGCGAGCGCUGUCUGCCUUUUGAGCUUGUUGAGCGAGGGUACGACGUCUGGCUUGGCAACAAUCGUGGAAACAAGUACAGCAAGAAGAAUAUACAUGUGGCGCCGACGGAUGCCAAAUUCUGGAACUUCAGCAUGGAUCAGUUUGCGUUCCACGACAUUCCGGAUUCGAUAAGCUAUAUCCUGGAGACCACGCAUCAGCCGAGUCUGAGCUACAUUGGGUUUAGCCAGGGAACUGCACAGGCAUUUGCUACGCUGAGCAUUCACCCCACGCUGAACGAGAAGGUGGAUGUCUUCAUUGCGCUGGCGCCAGCUAUGAGUCCCAAGGGUGUGGCUUCUGGAACCGUGGACUCGUUUGUCAAGGCGUCCCCUGAUAUCCUUUACCUAGCGUUUGGACGCAAGGCUAUAUUGGCCUCGGCGACCAUGUGGCAGUCGAUCUUGUACCCGCCAAUCUUCGUUCGCCUUAUCGAUGCUUCACUCAGAUUUCUGUUUGGCUGGACUGCGAUCAACAUCUCCCCGGACCAGAAGCUCGCCUCGUACCCGCAUCUCUACUCGUACACAUCCACCAAGAGCGUGGUGCAUUGGUUCCAGAUCAUCCGUAACGGCGUCUUUCAGAUGUACGACGAUGAGGCGCCGAGCCCAAUCAACCCAAAUCGGUCGAAGUAUUACAAGGUUGCUAAGUUCCCUACGCGCAACAUCAAGACGCCUAUCGUCCUUGUCUGGGGUGGCUCUGACAGUCUGGUCGACAUCAACGUCAUGCUGAAGGAGCUCCCACGACACACCAUCGCAAAGGAGAUCCCGCACUACGAGCAUCUCGAUUUUCUCUGGGCGCAAUCAGUCGACAAACUCGUCUUCCCACAUGUCUUCGAAGCCCUUGACAAACACGCAAGCUCAUCCACGAACCUCGACCUUUACAAAGACAAGCAUCUCCGCUCCCCGGUUCACUUCAGCAGGCCUCUUCCCGAAUCCCGUGCUCUACCUGAGCCGGAGAACUACAAUGCAAGCGACGACAGUCCAAUUGGUACACCACCUCAAUCAGCGAAAAAGAUUUCGAAAAUCACACGCCGCACAAUCCUCAGCGACAACGAAGAGACAGAACCCUCGCCACGCUCCCGGCUAGCGCAGAUAACACGCAUCCCCCAUCCACGGAGCUCACCACGCUCUUCCCCACAUUCUCAUACCGCCUUUCCAUUCACCCAGAGCUCUCCAUUACAGCAACGCACCCCCUCUCAGCCCAACAAGCCGCAGUCUCCAUCCACUUCUGCAUCUAAGGUCGUAGCGGUCCACACUGUAGGCUCGCCUGCGAAUUCUAACGAAAACUCACAGCACUCCCAACUUACAGGCCAAACAUCUACCUCCCGGCCAGAAGGCUGGUGGUCGAGUGAUGAAGUCGCAGGGACGGAGCAAGAGGCCAGUCAUCCUAUAACACCCAGCAGACCGCAAGGAAACCGAAGAAGAAGUUUCGACAGCCAGGCCAGUAACGGACGAGUGAGCCGGUUUGGAGAACGGGGCAUCAGCUUGGGCAGCGCAAAAGCAGUCAACGGCGUUGUUGACGGCGAGGGGCACGGUGAGAGCGGCGGGUCAAAAGCAUCGAAUAGGCUGAGUGUGGGGAGUGUGGGUAGUUUUGCUUCAAGAAAAGACGGUGACCGCGGGAGUGCGGAAGAGAGAAAGAAGAAGUUCAAAGUAAAGAAAAGGAGCGGUAGUGGGACUCCCAUGCCUGGCUCAAGUUGA